AUGCCAUAUAGCACACACCAUGCCGAAGUGGUGGCCGUUGGAUCCCGGGUGCCUGGUGAUGAUUGUUGGCGCCACCUGCAGCCUCCUCAGCUUCACCAGUCCCCUGAGGUGGGUCCAGCCCUUAGCACUCACCCCUUUGCUGCACGUGCAGGAGAAGGCCUCAAGGCUCGUCAGCACCCCCACCUGAUGCAGAAUAGAGUCAGUCACGCGGCUCACAUGCAGCUCUCGCAAGCACUGAAACGGCUGAAAUGGCUGGAGAUUGCUGAUGGUAUCACACAGAGGGGACCGGCUGCCGUGGCGCUUGGGUGGUACGUUGGGAAGCAGGUCAAAGGGGUCAAAGCAGGCUAUGACGAGCCGGUGGAGGCGAGGGAUGCACUGCAAGAGUGGCAGCGCAUCUGCAUGGAUGGAAAUUUCGUGGAAGUGAAGGGUUGUGAGGGAGGGCAGGCGGAGGAGGUGCCUCAUGGCGAGCGGCGAGACAUGGUUGACCCGGCGGAGGUAGCAGAGGGGCGUGAGGUGCAGGUAGCAGAGGGGCGUGAGGUGCAGGUAGCAGAGGGGCGUGAGGUGCAGGUAGCAGAGGGGCGUGAGGUGCAGGUAGCAGAGGGGCGUGAGGUGCAGGUAGCAGAGGGGCGUGAGGUGCAGGUAGCAGAGGGGCGUGAGGUGCAGGUAGCAGAGGGGCGUGAGGUGCAGGUAGCAGAGGGGCGUGAGGUGCAGGUAGCAGAGGGGCGUGAGGUGCAGGUAGCAGAGGGGCGUGAGGUGCAGGUAGCAGAGGGGCGUGAGGUGCAGGUAGCAGAGGGGCGUGAGGUGCAGGUAGCAGAGGGGCGUGAGGUGCAGGUAGCAGAGGGGCGUGAGGUGCAGGUAGCAGAGGGGCGUGAGGUGCAGGUAGCAGAGGGGCGUGAGGUGCAGGUAGCAGAGGGGCGUGAGGUGCAGGUAGCAGAGGGGCGUGAGGUGCAGGUAGCAGAGGGGCGUGAGGUGCAGGUAGCAGAGGGGCGUGAGGUGCAGGUAGCAGAGGGGCGUGAGGUGCAGGUAGCAGAGGGGCGUGAGGUGCAGGUAGCAGAGGGGCGUGAGGUGCAGGUAGCAGAGGGGCGUGAGGUGCAGGUAGCAGAGGGGCGUGAGGUGCAGGUAGCAGAGGGGCGUGAGGUGCAGGUAGCAGAGGGGCGUGAGGUGCAGGUAGCAGAGGGGCGUGAGGUGCAGGUAGCAGAGGGGCGUGAGGUGCAGGUAGCAGAGGGGCGUGAGGUGCAGGUAGCAGAGGGGCGUGAGGUGCAGGUAGCAGAGGGGCGUGAGGUGCAGGUAGCAGAGGGGCGUGAGGUGCAGGUAGCAGAGGGGCGUGAGGUGCAGGUAGCAGAGGGGCGUGAGGUGCAGGUAGCAGAGGGGCGUGAGGUGCAGGUAGCAGAGGGGCGUGAGGUGCAGGUAGCAGAGGGGCGUGAGGUGCAGGUAGCAGAGGGGCGUGAGGUGCAGGUAGCAGAGGGGCGUGAGGUGCAGGUAGCAGAGGGGCGUGAGGUGCAGGUAGCAGAGGGGCGUGAGGUGCAGGUAGCAGAGGGGCGUGAGGUGCAGGUAGCAGAGGGGCGUGAGGUGCAGGUAGCAGAGGGGCGUGAGGUGCAGGUAGCAGAGGGGCGUGAGGUGCAGGUAGCAGAGGGGCGUGAGGUGCAGGUAGCAGAGGGGCGUGAGGUGCAGGUAGCAGAGGGGCGUGAGGUGCAGGUAGCAGAGGGGCGUGAGGUGCAGGUAGCAGAGGGGCGUGAGGUGCAGGUAGCAGAGGGGCGUGAGGUGCAGGUAGCAGAGGGGCGUGAGGUGCAGGUAGCAGAGGGGCGUGAGGUGCAGGUAGCAGAGGGGCGUGAGGUGCAGGUAGCAGAGGGGCGUGAGGUGCAGGUAGCAGAGGGGCGUGAGGUGCAGGUAGCAGAGGGGCGUGAGGUGCAGGUAGCAGAGGGGCGUGAGGUGCAGGUAGCAGAGGGGCGUGAGGUGCAGGUAGCAGAGGGGCGUGAGGUGCAGGUAGCAGAGGGGCGUGAGGUGCAGGUAGCAGAGGGGCGUGAGGUGCAGGUAGCAGAGGGGCGUGAGGUGCAGGUAGCAGAGGGGCGUGAGGUGCAGGUAGCAGAGGGGCGUGAGGUGCAGGUAGCAGAGGGGCGUGAGGUGCAGGUAGCAGAGGGGCGUGAGGUGCAGGUAGCAGAGGGGCGUGAGGUGCAGGUAGCAGAGGGGCGUGAGGUGCAGGUAGCAGAGGGGCGUGAGGUGCAGGUAGCAGAGGGGCGUGAGGUGCAGGUAGCAGAGGGGCGUGAGGUGCAGGUAGCAGAGGGGCGUGAGGUGCAGGUAGCAGAGGGGCGUGAGGUGCAGGUAGCAGAGGGGCGUGAGGUGCAGGUAGCAGAGGGGCGUGAGGUGCAGGUAGCAGAGGGGCGUGAGGUGCAGGUAGCAGAGGGGCGUGAGGUGCAGGUAGCAGAGGGGCGUGAGGUGCAGGUAGCAGAGGGGCGUGAGGUGCAGGUAGCAGAGGGGCGUGAGGUGCAGGUAGCAGAGGGGCGUGAGGUGCAGGUAGCAGAGGGGCGUGAGGUGCAGGUAGCAGAGGGGCGUGAGGUGCAGGUAGCAGAGGGGCGUGAGGUGCAGGUAGCAGAGGGGCGUGAGGUGCAGGUAGCAGAGGGGCGUGAGGUGCAGGUAGCAGAGGGGCGUGAGGUGCAGGUAGCAGAGGGGCGUGAGGUGCAGGUAGCAGAGGGGCGUGAGGUGCAGGUAGCAGAGGGGCGUGAGGUGCAGGUAGCAGAGGGGCGUGAGGUAGCAGAGGGGCGUGAGGUGCAGGUAGCAGAGGGGCGUGAGGUGCAGGUAGCAGAGGGGCGUGAGGUGCAGGUAGCAGAGGGGCGUGAGGUGCAGGUAGCAGAGGGGCGUGAGGUGCAGGUAGCAGAGGGGCGUGAGGUGCAGGUAGCAGAGGGGCGUGAGGUGCAGGUAGCAGAGGGGCGUGAGGUGCAGGUAGCAGAGGGGCGUGAGGUGCAGGUAGCAGAGGGGCGUGAGGUGCAGGUAGCAGAGGGGCGUGAGGUGCAGGUAGCAGAGGGGCGUGAGGUGCAGGUAGCAGAGGGGCGUGAGGUGCAGGUAGCAGAGGGGCGUGAGGUGCAGGUAGCAGAGGGGCGUGAGGUGCAGGUAGCAGAGGGGCGUGAGGUGCAGGUAGCAGAGGGGCGUGAGGUGCAGGUAGCAGAGGGGCGUGAGGUGCAGGUAGCAGAGGGGCGUGAGGUGCAGGUAGCAGAGGGGCGUGAGGUGCAGGUAGCAGAGGGGCGUGAGGUGCAGGUAGCAGAGGGGCGUGAGGUGCAGGUAGCAGAGGGGCGUGAGGUGCAGGUAGCAGAGGGGCGUGAGGUGCAGGUAGCAGAGGGGCGUGAGGUGCAGGUAGCAGAGGGGCGUGAGGUGCAGGUAGCAGAGGGGCGUGAGGUGCAGGUAGCAGAGGGGCGUGAGGUGCAGGUAGCAGAGGGGCGUGAGGUGCAGGUAGCAGAGGGGCGUGAGGUGCAGGUAGCAGAGGGGCGUGAGGUGCAGGUAGCAGAGGGGCGUGAGGUGCAGGUAGCAGAGGGGCGUGAGGUGCAGGUAGCAGAGGGGCGUGAGGUGCAGGUAGCAGAGGGGCGUGAGGUGCAGGUAGCAGAGGGGCGUGAGGUGCAGGUAGCAGAGGGGCGUGAGGUGCAGGUAGCAGAGGGGCGUGAGGUGCAGGUAGCAGAGGGGCGUGAGGUGCAGGUAGCAGAGGGGCGUGAGGUGCAGGUAGCAGAGGGGCGUGAGGUGCAGGUAGCAGAGGGGCGUGAGGUGCAGGUAGCAGAGGGGCGUGAGGUGCAGGUAGCAGAGGGGCGUGAGGUGCAGGUAGCAGAGGGGCGUGAGGUGCAGGUAGCAGAGGGGCGUGAGGUGCAGGUAGCAGAGGGGCGUGAGGUGCAGGUAGCAGAGGGGCGUGAGGUAGCAGAGGGGCGUGAGGUGCAGGUAGCAGAGGGGCGUGAGGUGCAGGUAGCAGAGGGGCGUGAGGUGCAGGUAGCAGAGGGGCGUGAGGUGCAGGUAGCAGAGGGGCGUGAGGUGCAGGUAGCAGAGGGGCGUGAGGUGCAGGUAGCAGAGGGGCGUGAGGUGCAGGUAGCAGAGGGGCGUGAGGUGCAGGUAGCAGAGGGGCGUGAGGUGCAGGUAGCAGAGGGGCGUGAGGUGCAGGUAGCAGAGGGGCGUGAGGUGCAGGUAGCAGAGGGGCGUGAGGUGCAGGUAGCAGAGGGGCGUGAGGUGCAGGUAGCAGAGGGGCGUGAGGUGCAGGUAGCAGAGGGGCGUGAGGUGCAGGUAGCAGAGGGGCGUGAGGUGCAGGUAGCAGAGGGGCGUGAGGUGCAGGUAGCAGAGGGGCGUGAGGUGCAGGUAGCAGAGGGGCGUGAGGUGCAGGUAGCAGAGGGGCGUGAGGUGCAGGUAGCAGAGGGGCGUGAGGUGCAGGUAGCAGAGGGGCGUGAGGUGCAGGUAGCAGAGGGGCGUGAGGUGCAGGUAGCAGAGGGGCGUGAGGUGCAGGUAGCAGAGGGGCGUGAGGUGCAGGUAGCAGAGGGGCGUGAGGUGCAGGUAGCAGAGGGGCGUGAGGUGCAGGUAGCAGAGGGGCGUGAGGUGCAGGUAGCAGAGGGGCGUGAGGUGCAGGUAGCAGAGGGGCGUGAGGUGCAGGUAGCAGAGGGGCGUGAGGUGCAGGUAGCAGAGGGGCGUGAGGUGCAGGUAGCAGAGGGGCGUGAGGUGCAGGUAGCAGAGGGGCGUGAGGUGCAGGUAGCAGAGGGGCGUGAGGUGCAGGUAGCAGAGGGGCGUGAGGUGCAGGUAGCAGAGGGGCGUGAGGUGCAGGUAGCAGAGGGGCGUGAGGUGCAGGUAGCAGAGGGGCGUGAGGUGCAGGUAGCAGAGGGGCGUGAGGUGCAGGUAGCAGAGGGGCGUGAGGUGCAGGUAGCAGAGGGGCGUGAGGUGCAGGUAGCAGAGGGGCGUGAGGUGCAGGUAGCAGAGGGGCGUGAGGUGCAGGUAGCAGAGGGGCGUGAGGUGCAGGUAGCAGAGGGGCGUGAGGUGCAGGUAGCAGAGGGGCGUGAGGUGCAGGUAGCAGAGGGGCGUGAGGUGCAGGUAGCAGAGGGGCGUGAGGUGCAGGUAGCAGAGGGGCGUGAGGUGCAGGUAGCAGAGGGGCGUGAGGUGCAGGUAGCAGAGGGGCGUGAGGUGCAGGUAGCAGAGGGGCGUGAGGUGCAGGUAGCAGAGGGGCGUGAGGUGCAGGUAGCAGAGGGGCGUGAGGUGCAGGUAGCAGAGGGGCGUGAGGUGCAGGUAGCAGAGGGGCGUGAGGUGCAGGUAGCAGAGGGGCGUGAGGUGCAGGUAGCAGAGGGGCGUGAGGUGCAGGUAGCAGAGGGGCGUGAGGUGCAGGUAGCAGAGGGGCGUGAGGUGCAGGUAGCAGAGGGGCGUGAGGUAGCAGAGGGGCGUGAGGUGCAGGUAGCAGAGGGGCGUGAGGUGCAGGUAGCAGAGGGGCGUGAGGUGCAGGUAGCAGAGGGGCGUGAGGUGCAGGUAGCAGAGGGGCGUGAGGUGCAGGUAGCAGAGGGGCGUGAGGUGCAGGUAGCAGAGGGGCGUGAGGUGCAGGUAGCAGAGGGGCGUGAGGUGCAGGUAGCAGAGGGGCGUGAGGUGCAGGUAGCAGAGGGGCGUGAGGUGCAGGUAGCAGAGGGGCGUGAGGUGCAGGUAGCAGAGGGGCGUGAGGUGCAGGUAGCAGAGGGGCGUGAGGUGCAGGUAGCAGAGGGGCGUGAGGUGCAGGUAGCAGAGGGGCGUGAGGUGCAGGUACAAGGCGAGGGAGAGGUUACAGAGACUGAGCUCUGUAGCCGUGGGGUCCUGGGAGGAGAGCUGCGACACCACCCAGUCGAUCUCCCGGGUAACUCUUCCCUGCCUGUCGGGGCGGAAUUGCAGUAUAGCACUGAUCCUUCCCUGCAGCCUUGCCCUCACCUCCGCUUUGCUGGCUCUCCCACCAACCGGCCACUGAUGCGCCCCCUGCACCUGGGUUCCCCCUUCUCCCCCCGCCCAGCCUCCCCCUCCUCCCUUGAGGGCGUUCCUCGCCUCCACAUUCAUUGUGACCGCUCCUCCCGAAUCCACUCUCGCCACUUGUUUGCUCCCAGCAUUGUGGGCCGCGGAAAGGAGUGGCUGCAGUGGACCAGUGGGGGAAUGGGGGAGGGGUGGGAUGGGGGCAAGAGCAGGGAGGGGGAAUGGGUGAGGCUUGGGACAAGGGGCAAGAGUGGAAAGAGGGGAGCAACGAGGGAAUGCGAGGGAGACUCAGUCAUGAAUGGCGCGUGUGAAUUAGAGGGGAAUUGGGAUGGAGUGUGA